CUACGACUCGCGCGUUACUCCUUCAGAAAAUAAACGGCUGGGGCGCGUGACGGACACAGCAGAUCACUUCUGGUUCUUCCAUAUUCUUGGGCCGUCUUGCAUGCACAGCAUGCUUUAGAUCUACCUACAGAUUUUCGGUAAUGUUCAAGACAGGGCACUGUGAGGACCAUUCCAAAGGCUUCAGCUUGUGAGGAUAAAGAGAAGUUACCAUGACGACAGAAACGGGUCCUGAUGUGGAGGUGAAGAACGCAGCAGAGGAACCGCCCCAACACAAGGGGGCUGCAGGCAGCAUGCCCGAGUCAGCAUCAGACGGCAAAAUGGCCAAACAGGACCAAGACGGCAAACGUCCAGAUGACCACAAAGACCCGGACGACACGUCGGACCGAACGACACCAGGCAAAAGCCCCAAAUCCCCACAGAAACCUUCCAAGCGCUCCAAGACUUUUCCCUUCAAGGUGGCUCUCCUGGACAGCUCUGAGUAUGAAGCUAGCAUUGAGAAGCACUGCAAGGGGCAAGCUUUGAUGGACCUGGUGUGUGAACACCUCAACCUGCUGGAGAAGGACUACUUUGGACUGACCUUCCGUGAUUCCGACAGCCAAAAGAAUUGGCUGGACCCCUCCAAGGAGAUCAAGAAGCAAAUGCGAACUUCUCCCUGGCAUUUUGCCUUCGCUGUCAAAUUCUACCCUCCUGAUCCCUCUCAGCUCAUGGAGGACAUCACCAGGUACUACCUGUGUCUUCAGCUGCGUGAUGACAUUCUGUCCGGCCGGCUCCCCUGCUCAUUCGUCACCCACGCCCUGCUGGGCUCCUACACCGUGCAGGCUGAGCUUGGAGACUACGAUCAGGAUGAGCACGGCUCCGACUAUGUCAGUGACCUCCGAUUUGCCCCCAAUCAGACCCGUGAGCUGGAGGAGAGAGUCAUGGAGCUCCAUCGCACCUACAGGGGAAUGACUCCUGCUGAGGCAGAAAUGAACUUCCUGGAGAAUGCCAAGAAGCUGUCCAUGUAUGGGGUCGACCUGCAUCAUGCAAAGGAUUCAGAAGGGAUAGACAUCAUGCUGGGGGUUUGUGCCAACGGCCUGCUGAUCUACCGUGACCGCUUGAGGAUCAACCGCUUUGCCUGGCCCAAGAUCCUCAAGAUCUCAUACAAGAGGAGCAACUUCUAUAUAAAGAUCCGCCCCGGAGAGUAUGAGCAGUUUGAGAGCACCAUUGGCUUCAAGCUGCCCAACCACAGAGCAGCGAAGAGGCUGUGGAAGGUCUGCAUUGAACAUCAUACUUUCUUCAGGUUAGUGUCUCCUGAGCCUCCACCUAAAGGCUUCCUGGUGAUGGGCUCCAAGUUCAGGUACAGUGGACGGACACAAGCGCAAACCCGGCAGGCCAGCGCUCUGAUCGACCGGCCCGCUCCGCACUUCGAACGCUCCACCAGCAAACGCCACCUCCUCUCCCGCAGCCUGGAUGGAGAGUUUUCCCGGCCGCUCUCCACCAUGGGCGAGCCUCAGGACGCCCUGUCCCAGAAGAGUGAGACUCAGUGUCUCUCAGGAGACGAGCAGGAGGCAGAACCUGACCUCAGUCUGGACCAGGAUCAAGAAGAAUCCAGUGUGACCACGCCCACCAGGAAGAGAGAUGUUAAGUUUCUGGAUAAGUCAGAGGAUGUGCUCCUGAAGCACCAGGCUAGCAUUAACGAGCUGAAGAGAGCCCUCAGGGAGCCCAACAGCAAGCUGAUGAACCGGGAAAAACGCCUGUCUGGGACCUCCCCGGGCGGCACGCCUGAGAAGAAGGCUGAGGCAAUUGGAGCAGGGGGGAGGGAACCUGUAAACAGCCUUUCUGUGGAAGGUUUCAUCCAGAAGACACUGGUGACUUCGCCUGAGGGCUCUGAGGAGUGGGUGUUGAUUGAAAAACAGAACACUUACCAACAGGACUAUGAAAUGGAAGAGACAGAAAAGGACAAAGUCCAUGUUUCCCCACUUCCUGUGGUCACUGAAGCGCCUGUGGAAAGAAAGAUGAUACACAUUGAGGUGACUGGGGAAGAUGGUGAAGAAAUGCAGGUCCAGAUGGACAGUUUCCCAUCCCCUAAGGUAGAACCGAAGGAAGGGCCUUCGGAGUCAAAGCAAAGGAAUGACACAAAGGAAGAUCCAUCAGCUGAACCUCAGGCUGUAGAAUCCAUGGACAAAUCGCAAGAAGAACCGUCUACAGCGAAGGCUGAAACUUUCACGUCCAAGUCUGAGGUGAAGGAAGAACGGCGUUCAAGCAAAGUUCGCAGGGAGAGAAGACCUCAGAGUCUGAAUUUAGGAAUAAGAGAGUUUGUCUAUGAGACAAAAACAGAAACAAACAUAAGACAGGAGAGCGAGGAGUCAGAUGAAGACAACAAUACUCCAGGGAAAGAGGAGACACAAGUCAGCCAUCCUGAUGAGAACACUUCAAGAACAGAGAGUUGGUCAGAGCUCAUGUCUGAGAAGAUAAAGGAGCAUGCGAAAGCUGCCUCAGAUGUGCCUACCGGACCACCGAACAAAGAAAGCGAGAAGGAGCUGAACAGAACCGAUCUAGAAGAUGAACAGAAGCCCAUCCAUGAUAAGACAGUGUUUGAUGAUGCCAUAGAACAAGCAGAAGAUCAAGAAAAGAAAGUCUCAGCUGAAGCAAAGAACAUAAAUGUUGAAGAUCAGCCAGAAGGUCCUGAUUCCAUCAAUGGUCCUGUGAAAGAUGAGCUUAAAAGAAGAUCAGAGGUCAAGUUUGAGAUCACGAAAGUCAUCAUGAUUGACAACAGUGAAAAUGAAGAGGAGCCCGACGAUGACGCUAAGCAACGGCUGGAUGAGUUUGUGCAAGAGAAGAAAAUUAGUAAUAUUGAACAAGAGAGCUUCGAAGAGGUCCUUCCAGAAAAGGUACAGAGGAGGGUGAGGGCUACAGGACUCGCUCGUUCCGAAUUAACAAGGAUCGUCCCAUUGAAACCCGAGAGGGCAAAGAGUCAAGGGUACAAAGAUGAUCUAGACAUCGAGGAAGAGUCUGAACUGAAGAAAAGACAUUUUAAGAGAUACAGCAUGAAUGAAUCUAUAGAGAGACAAUUUGAUCCGAGUAGAUUUGAUAGCCGGGACGCAAGCUCUUCACAUACUCUUACUUCUGUUAAAGCGAAUAGAUGUCAAGAGGACUCGAGUUUAUCCAUGCUGGACCAUAACGUCUUCCAAAGCUUUGAGCUGCAGUCAUCAGUAUACAGUGAGUACUCGCUAAAAGGAAGUGCCGUUCAGGAUGAAGAAGUGUUGAAAUACUCCACCAAAGUAGGGUCUGAGGAUCUGCCCCAGCCUGAUGAUGGAAGCAUUGAGGCCCAACAGCUCGCCUCCAAAAUCACAGGGCUUCAGAAAAGUACUCCUCCAACUCCUCCUGUCAAAACCAAGAAGGCCAGAGAAUCAGGACUGAUACUUCGCAACAGCCGCAAUGCCGGCAAAGAUCCAGCACUGGAAGCCGCCGGGAGGAAACAUGGGCGACGGCCACACUCUUCCGCUGAGGACGAGCGCGAGCGGGACAGUGCAGUAACCCUGAGGGAGACGCACCUGAGCAUCGAGCGCAAGUGCUCCAGCAUGACGGUCAGUUCCACGUCCAGCCUGGAGGCCGAGGCUGACUUCACCAUGCUUAUGGAGCUCCACGGAGGCUCCGAGGAAUUCUCCAGAGCCGCAGCUGAAGUGGGGAGGGAAGACUUUGAGGAAACCUCCAGGUUCUACUCCGCCCGGCUCAUGGGCUCUCACGACCGGUCGCCCAUGAAGGAGAGAGUGCACGAGGAACGCGCCCACCAUGAAACGGAACCUCCACCGGUGGCCAAGAAAGACCCUAACGCUGUGAGUGUGGCCCACCUGCUUAGAAAGGGAGAAGCCAGAGUGGAACCACAUUCAAACGGCUCUGAAAUCCUCCCCUCCGUUACAGACGCCCCAGAUCAGCCUGUGCAGGAGGUGCUGCAGGGUGGUGGUGACGUCAACUGUGAGGAGACCGUGGUCUCCAACAAUGAUGUCAUCCAGCCACAGGAGGGAGAUAUGAGCCAGAGAGACAGCAGGAUAAAGGAAACUAAAGAGAACGGCUCCCCUCUGAAAACAGGCAGUCUGGGUCGCGAGUCUGUCACGUCUCCUCUCACCAUCACCAAUGAAAAUGUUACCUCAGCAACUACAACUCAAGUCACCAAGACAGUCAAAGGGGGAUACUCAGAGACGAGGAUCGAGAAAAGGAUCAUAAUCACAGGAGAUGAUGCUGUGGACCAACAUCAGGCUCUUGCUAUGGCAAUACAGGAGGCCAAACAGCAGCAUCCUGACAUGCUUGUUACGAAGGCAGUGGUCGUCAGGGAAACAGAAUCUCCCUCUGAGGAGAAACACAGGACAUCUGAGUCCUGAUCGCAGAUCUCAUGAAACGAGAGUGAGGAGAGGAGCCUGACGUCCAGCCCCACCUUCAACACCCAGCUGUGAGAAGCUAACCUAUGCUACUGUAACAAUACAGACCAAUAAUAUACAAUACAGACCAAUCCUGCAUCCUCCAUUACAGAACACACACCGUUUGAGCCCUCCUCCCUCUGCUGUCAGGCCAGACUGUGAGACUCUGUUGUUCGAGGCAACCUUGAGAUAUCACCACCUCACCAAUGCAGUCCUCCAUAUCAGCUGUUUAAACCAAGUAUACUACUGCACACAGUGCUCGUCUAAUACUACUACUCCUAUGUCCAACUAGCAUGACUUGUUGCCGUCUUCAAAAAGGUUGUUGCCCUUGAAUUGUAUAAAUGUUGAUAGAGUUUAUUCUCCGGUUUAGCCUGUUAUAACUGUGGAUCCUGAAUUCCGGAAAUGACUGAGGCGAAACGUGACCCGGUGUCCAUCUCGUAUGCAGAGUUCCAUUCUGUGUGGCCAGCAUCAGUCUCCAGUCAAGCGCUGUUUGAGUUUACAUGAGUUCGGACCCUCGCUCUGAGAGGCUCGCUGUUUUUUUUUCGUCCCCCAGUUCUACCUGCUCACUGUGGAAUACUCUUUUGCUCUGUCCUCUAAAAGGGUCACCGUGAAGAUUCUGCCUUCUCUUUCUCCUUCAUGCAUGACUUUGGAGGAGAUAUGAGGUCAGGAAGCUUCUCCCUAUCGGCCUGGGGUGAUGGUCAGCUUUUACUGCUUGCUGUCACUUAUGUGACAUAUACAUAGUCAAUCGCUGUCUUUUUAGCUUUGUAAAGAUUUUUAAAAUGUUAGAUGAUCAAAAAAAAGUCAAGUGUUUGCUUGUUAAUUACAGUUAAGGCAUAUUUAUCGAUCGUCACCUACAUAUGCAUGAUUGGAACAGCUGGCGUGGAUGGAUAACGAUGUAACGCAUCAACUGGCAGCAUUUGCGGAGAGCGCAUCUCAUGAUAGUAACCAGUAGCUACUUCUGAAGUGGAAUAUAUCAGCUUGGACUCUACUUCAUAUAAAGAGGCUUCACCCACA